AGGGCAGUAGGAUAACGUUAUUGUGUCAGUGUGAACGCUACCAUUUGGUGAAUCGAAUGUGGACAUUGCGACACUUAACCGCAGUUAAGCAUUAACAUGUGGGACACUGUGUUUAUGUUCGCUUUUCUGUGUGUACUCUCUUUUUUCUUCUGGAAGAUCACGCAGAGCGAACCCAACAAAAUUAAGUUCAACUUCAAGUUCUUCAUCUUCUACUUCAUCACAUCAGUGUAUGCAUUUUUCAUUUGGCCUGUUUUCCUAAUAAGGCCGAAACACCCGAACAAUUUAUUAAUCGGCGUAUGGCUACCGAAGCAAGUGACAAAACUAUACGGUCUGACAUGGAACCUUCGGAAUGGAGAAAUACUAUCAGAAGACCGCGGAGCCGUGAUAGUUUCCAAUCAUCAGUCUUCCCUAGAUAUCUUAGGUUUGUUUAAUUUAUGGAGUACAGUUAAAAAAAUGACUGCUAUUGCGAAAAAAGAAAUAUUCUACGUAUGGCCCUUUGGAUUGGCGGCAUAUUUAGCAGGCGUGGUCUUUAUAGAUAGGUCGAAUUCUAAGAACGCAUAUAAAACACUACAGGUCACAUCUGAAAUUAUGGUAAAAAAUAAGAUAAAAAUUUGGCUGUUCCCUGAAGGUACAAGGAAUAAGGAUUACACAAAAUUCUUGCCGUUCAAAAAAGGAGCCUUUAUAAUGGCUGUCAACGCCCAAGUUCCUAUCAUCCCAGUCGUGUUCUCACCCUACUACUUCAUUAACCGCAAAAAACACAUAUUUAAUAAAGGUCAAGUUACAAUUCAAUGCAUAGAGCCAAUCCCAACAAAAGGUUUAACUCUCGAUGAUGUACCCAAACUGAUGGAAACGGUUUACGAGAAGAUGGCGGCCACGUAUAAAGAACUUGCUAAGGAAGUCCUCAGCGCGUUGCCAUCCGAUUACCCUUAUACGACUAUAGUUGUAAAACCUGUGAUAAAUACUAUGUUUUCAAAAAUAUAUAAGGGAUUAUUUUUUAUAUUAGCAAAAAUAUGGCUUCUUUUGUUUAUAACAUUAGUAAGUGUUAUAGAUUUUAUCUACAAAAAAACAAUUUUCGAUGAGAAAAAUAAAAGGAUGACCUUUUUUUACAAUUUUUUUAUGGAAUAUUUCUGUAUACUGUAUGGAUCGCUUACAGUAUUUUUUAUUUUUAUUUUAAGGCCUGGAUACGAAGGGAACGUCAGCAUAGUUGCACCAGCAGCUAAAUACAUUUCCAAAAUGCUGGGUGUUCCAGUUACCAUACGAAAUAAGGAACAUUUGGCUAUCGACUCUGCAGCUAUUGCUACUAUUAACCAUCAAUCUAUUUUUGAUCUAGUCGUCACGCUCAAUUUUUGGGAUAUUCCGAAAAAGAUGAUUGUUCUCGGUAAGAGCGAAUUGAAAUAUGUGCCUCCUUAUGGACCCAUGGGACUUCUAGCUGGUCUGCCUUUCGUCCCCAGAAAUAACAUUCAGAAAGCCCGUGAACAACUAAAGGAAAUAGCAAAGAACUUAAAGGAAAGAAAGGUAAAAAUGUUGGUGUAUCCGGAAGGGACAAGGAAUUAUAACCGAUCAGAAUUUUUGCCAUUCAAAAAAGGGGCGUUUCAUACAGCCGUUACAGCGCAAAUUCCAAUCAUCCCACUCGUUGUUUCACCUUACUACUUCUUGGAUAGCAAAAAGAAAAUUUUCGGACGAGGUCGUGUAAUAAUACAAUGUUUGGAACCAGUGCCAACGGAAGGUCUGACUUCAGCAGAUGUACCAGCCCUGACUGAGAAAAUCCGCAAUUUAAUGUUCAAAACCUAUCAAGAACUCUCUAAAGAAGUUCUUGAGGCAGAAGCUAACAAUACGUCUCUUGAUUUAGGAUUAACACAAAAGUUGUACUCGUAGUAGAUUGUAUUAUUGUUGACAUACGAUUAUUUUUAUUGUUAUUAUUGAAAACUUUCUUUCUGUUUGUUUGUUAUAGAACUUUCGAAAGUAAUUAAAACGGACAUUCAUUUAUUUAA